AUGCUUCGCCGCUGAACAGACUGCAGUUGUGUUUCGGGGGGAAGUUGGUACCUCACGGCGAAGGCUCCCCUCUCUGCCUGUGUCUCUCUGCCUCUCUGUCUCUGUCCCCGUCUGUCUCUCCCUGUCCGUCUCUCUCUCUUUCCGGCGCGUGCACAGUGGAAUUAUGAGCAGAGCUGACCCAGCCUGAAUCACCUUGUCUUAAAUCUUCUGCCGUUUCACCACACCGCGAUUAAGUGAACCCACCAUGGAGCCCGGAGUCCGCGUCCUCUUGGCUUUUCUCCUUCACCAGGUGGCCUGUGUGGAUGGCCAAGAGGAUGGACGUCACGAGGGUUGUGUGCCUGGCUUCCAAAUCAAACACUAUCAGUUGGCCCACAGUGGACCAUUCCACAAAGGCCAGCCGCUCUUACGCGUUAAGUUUGAUGAUUGUGCGGGUAACUGGGACGUGACAUUUGAGGUGUCGGACCCGAUCUUCUACGUGGAUAGGAAUCUCAACCUGAUUCCUCAGCAGGAUGUCCUGUACAGUGGGCCAGUCAUAUUUAUCCAUGGGCUCAGUGCACACGCAGAUGAUACAGCACAGGUGGAUAUCAGCGGACUGCCGGUUCACCCGCCUCAAACUCUCAGGGAAAUCCUGGGUUUUGGUAAGACGCUGCCCAACAGAUCGAAGAGAGCCCUGCUGGUCCCACCUCUGGUUGUACCCGAGAACCAGAGGGCACCAUUCCCUAGGAUCAUUGGCAGGUCUCAUGUGAUUUCAUCAGAGAGGGCUCUGAACCAUUUUUUCCGACUGACGGGCCCCGGUGCAGAUCAAGAUCCAAGAGGUCUCUUCACAAUCGACAUGGAUACAGGAGACGUGUUAGUCAGCCGCUCGCUUGAUCGCGAGGACAUUGACUCCUACCAGCUGGAAGUCUCAACUAUGGACUUGCUUGGUAACAUUGUUGAGGGACCUGCCAUACUGGUCAUCACUGUUAUUGACCAGAAUGAUAACCGGCCCAUCUUCAAAGAGAAUCGUUACACAGGAGAGGUGCUGGAGGGGUCUCCUACAGGUACCACAGUAAUGACGAUGACGGCCUUCGACGCAGACGACCCCGCUACAAAUAACGCGGUGUUGCGCUACAACAUCAUCAGACAAUCGCCAGACAAACCAUCACCAAACAUGUUCUAUAUUGACCCGGAAAGAGGCGACAUCGUCACUGUCAUCUCCCCCACGUUACUCGACAGAGAGACGCUUCCCACCACAACGUAUGAGUUGGAGAUUGUGGCCAAGGACAUGGCAGGAAGUGAAGUUGGUCUAACAGGAACCGCCACAGCCACUAUUACCAUCACCGACAAGAAUGACCACGCACCUGAGUUCACACAUCCACUGUUUGAAGCGCAUGUGAAUGAGGGCUCCACAGGUGUCGUGGUCAACCUGACAGUAGAUGACAGAGAUGAUCCAGCCACAGGGGCAUGGAGAGCAAUCUACUCUAUCAUCAACGGAGAUCCAACGCAAAGCUUCGAGAUCCAAACCAACCCUGACAAUAACGAAGGAAUGCUGUCGGUUGUGAAGCCUCUGGACUAUGAGGCCACAGCUUUCCACACACUACUCAUCAAGGUGGAGAACGAGGACUACUUGGUUCCCGACGUGGGCUACGGCCCCAGUUCCACAGCCACAGUCCACGUGACAGUUCUGGACAUCAACGAGGGUCCGGUCUUCUUCCCUGACCCCCUGACAGUCACGCGAAUGGAAAACAUUCCCGUGGGAAGUUUUGUGGCCUCCCUCAACGCUACAGACCCAGAUAUCUUACAGAGCCAAAGCAUCAGGUAUGCUGUUCUGCGAGACCCAGCGGGCUGGCUGAGUGUGAAUCCCGUCAGAGGGACUGUCAAUACUUCUGCCCUACUGGACCGAGAGUCUCCAUAUGUCCAUGACAAUAAAUACACUGCUGUCUUCAUUGCCACAGAUAACGGUAGCCCUCCGGCCACAGGUACCGGCACACUGCUCAUCAACCUGGAAGACUACAACGAUAACGCCCCUGAAGUGCACCCAUCGGUAGCACGGGUGUGUGAGGACGCUCACGACAUGAAUGUGGCCAUAGUGGGAGGACGAGACAUGGAUCUCCCCCCUAACGCUGCUCCCUUUAAGAUCGAACUCGGCAAACAGGCUGGCCUUGAUAAAACAUGGAGGGUCACCAGGGUCAACUCCACGCACUCUCAAAUCAUGCUAUUGCACAGUCUGAAGAAAGCAAACUACCAGCUCCCAUUGCUCAUCACCGACUCGGGGGUGCCACCUUUAUCCAGCAACACAGAGGUCAAAGUUCAGGUGUGUGUCUGCAAGAAGAACAAGAUGCACUGCAGCUCUGCUCACUCGCUCCACGGCAGCCUUGUAACACUGCUCGCAACGCUCCUGCUCACGCUACUCUGCCUGUAGAUUCUGCUGAAACCUCCCAUCGUUCUUCUUUUUUUUUUUCCUCAACACCGGAAAGCAGCGACUUAUCUCCCGCCCCAUGCAACCCAGAGGCUUAGGACAGAAGAUGACUACACAAACGUGAGAUGGAAGUCUUCUCGCCAUGACCAAUCAAACAACGUUCCCCACUGCCUGUCCUCGAUGGCGUUUGCUAUUUGGAAAAUUUUCUCCCUUAUCUCUCAUUUUUCACUGUUCUUUUCAUCAUCUUUUUUCGCUGUCGUGUCUGUCCUUCUCUACUCUGUUUUUUUUUUUUUUCAUCGACUGUCUUCAUGUCCUCUCUACCACUGCUUAUUUAUCUUUGUUGGGUUUUUUUUCAUUCGGUGCUGCAGCUUCACAUCAGCAGACCAACAUUUAUAGGAGAUACUUGAAAUAAUGUGUACAUUGAUAUUACAAGAAUAUAUCUACUCCAGUCUGAUCUUUUCCUGACACCUCUCUCCAUCCUGAACUUGUCUUUUCCCCAUCCUCCAGUCCACCUCCUCAUUCUAUCCAUUCUGUCCUUCUGGAUGUGUUCAUAGCUACAUCUGUUGCUCAGUUUACCCACUUUUCUCCACCUUCCCAUCAGUAACCACUGUCACACUGUCCGCCUCCCUAUUGUCCCUCUCCGUCUC